AUGAGACACACAACUAUUCUUUCUGGCCUUGCCGUCCUUCUUCCCUCGGCAGCCGUUGCCUAUUCCACCCCGAACAUACUGGACGCUCGCCAGAACAACAAGCCCCCUUACCAGGAUGUAGUGUGCAAGCCCGAGACCAGCGGCCAACUGCCACCUUGUGUUCAGAUUGAGAACAUUGAGGUUGCUUGCAAGCCGAACGGCACUAGCUCCAUCUACUACGAGGCACACGCUCAGUGCAUGUGUGGUGGCUCGUUCUUCGCCGAGAAACUUGCCUGCGAACGCUGCCUGUUUGUUCACGGCUUACGCAGUGAAAGAGACCUGGCCUUUUACAGUGGUGUUCUGUCAUCGGCUUCCAAUGCCCUUUGCACCGGCACGCCCACUGCCGCCUACGCCGCUAUCUACUCGAGCAUUGAAGUGGCCGCCACACCCGUGACGACGGGCAACACUGUUACUAGUGACCAAGCCGUCAGCAACACGGCCAUCUCCCUGUACUACACUGCAAGCGGUCCCCAGGGCCCCGGUAGUAUCUCAGGAGCUGCUGCGAGUGCAACCAAUACCGGCGGCAGUACUUCGGCACCCACAACUACCCGCGCAGUUACCAGCAAUGGAAGCGGUUCCACGACUACUUCCAGAUCAACCGGCACUGCUUCUGGCCAGGCUGCAACAACUUCUACCUCUGGUAGUGGUGCUAUGCCGACCUUUGUUGCUGGUGGACUUGUCGCCGGUGCAGCUGGCUUGGUCGUCAUGGCGGGUCUAUAA